AUGUUAAUAUCCGACCUCCCCACAUAUAUCGUUUCAAUUGUCAUGCUGGGAAACUCAGGUGUUGGCAAGACCGCCCUGACGAAUCAGUUCGUUGGCAGGGAAUCCAAUACUGAAGCUCUUCCAACCCUCGGCAUUGAGUAUGGAUUUCGCACGGUCUCGGUUCAAGGAAUGGAUCUCCGACUCCGAAUCUUGGAUACAUGUGGGCAAGAACGGUUCAAGGCCAUCCCACCCCAGUACUACAGGAGAGCUGCCGGUAUUUUGCUGGUCUACGAUGUCACAAACCGACACGACUUCUGGGGUUUGGAUGAGUGGGUCGACAAAAUUCGAGAUAUCGCCGGCGCCAAUGUCACGAUUAUGGUGGUUGGCAACAAGAAGGAUUUGGGGGGACGAAGGGAGAUACCGUAUGAUGAAGGAAGAGCAUUUGCCGAUCGGAAAGGUGUUUCAUUUAUCGAGACCGCGGCUAAGGAUGAAUUCAGCGUCGAGGAUGCCUUCACAAAUAUCUCUAUAGAAAUUCGUGACAAGAUCGAUCGCCAAUUGCUCAGAAAUGAGUCGCAUGGGAUCACUUUGCUGGAGUCCUCAAAAGGGGAAGGAGAGCCUCGAAUCUAUAAUGAUUCUGCGCAAAAGGCUAGUUCUUUGGAGCUGUCUAAGUUUUAUUACGUUGAACGCGUCUAA